GCUGCAGAGAUGUUGCUUUAUCUCUACUUCCUCCUCGCUGGAUGCCUCUGUCACAGCUCUGCUGACAUUCCCAAAAUUACUGUGCUGCAGCAUAAGGUGGCUACGCUGCCCUGUCCUCAUGUGAAGGGACGUGUGACAUGGAGCCGCUACAUCAGCGGCGAAAAGGUGAAUCUCGUCACUGUUGAAAAUGGCAUCAGGAAAGUAACUGACCAACGCUACAGUUCCCUGGACAAUAACUCCCUGGUAAUAAGAGACGUCACCUUCUCUGAUACUACAACAUACUUGUGUAAUGGAAUACAAGUAUAUCUGGAAGUGACAACAGAUCCCAACAUGGUCGUCCCCAGUGCUGGAGAGGCUCCAGUCACACAGAGAAACGAUGGACUGGGUUUCGGCCUUGGACCAGACCAGAAGAUACUCACUGCAGACACAGAGAACCAACAACCCUCAGACUUUUGGAAAGUCUCUGUUGGUGUCGUCCUGGGUGCUGUGUUGGUGCUUUUGGUCAUCUUUACCCUAAAACUCUGCUCCAAAAAGAGAACAGAGAGAAACGCCGACGUGGACAAAACUGUAACUGACGUGAUUUACGAGGAGAUUGAAGCUGGACCCGAGCACCCAGGGAGGGAGUCUUAUUUUGAAAGUCCAUACUACUGGACAAGUGUCAGUGAAACGCCAAGCACCUCCACGCCAUCCAGUAAUCAUCUGUACAGCACCGUCAACAAGCUAACAGCUAAAGGACGCAUCAGUGAGGAGUGUGUGUAUUCCCUCGCCCAACAUCCAGCACAGGCAGGAAAUGUUGGUGAGCUGUCAGCAUCAAGCUGCAACCUGCGGGGCUGAAAAAUAAAGCCGAUGUGCCAAGUGCCAAAAACUGCAGUUCCUCUAAUGGCCACAUGAGGCUGGCGUCAAGAGCGAGUCAAUUCUCAUAGGCACCCACGUUAAAAUGUCAAACUUUACAUGUAAAAAAUAAUGAUGCACCAUGCUAACCAAGCUAGCAACUAGCAUUACGGUUACCUAUACCCUCUCGUCCAAAUAUGGUCACUUCCUGCUCAAAAAAUCCAAGAUGGAGAUGGCCAACAUGUCAGAGACCUCAAAGCGAGAGUCCACAAACCAAUUAGUGAUGUCACAGUCACAGUGGCUACGCCCAUUAGCUCACUGUGGUCAGUGUCAGUGCUGACCAGAGGUGGGACCGGGUCAUUGUUUUGCAAGUCACAAAUAUAUCAACUCCCAAGUCAAGACUGACACGUCCCAAUUCCUGAACUUUGAGUUUCGAGUCCCAGACAAGUUAAAAUGUGCUCUACACCAAAUUUAAUGCCAAUAUUAUUAAAUUUACAAAAAUCAUUGAUGCUUUUUUAAAGUUUGCAUUUAGCUGUUAAGCUAACGUUAGCUAAGCAUUAGCUCCCUAUGGUAAUAUUAGCUUCAACUCACUGUUCUCUGUGCAACUUUAAAAUGUCAAACAAAGUUGGAAGUUGAUGCAUCUUUGCCUGUAAUUGUUUUUUGUGGAUCGCCCUGUUGUUUUAAUACGUGAAUAAAAUUAUCUUUGGUAUAAUUUUUUCCAACCAGUGCUCAAUAAUUAACGUUAGAUCUUCACGGUUCUAUUCUGCAACUUGAUUGGAUGCUGUCACCAGGCACGGCGCCAGGAUUUGUUUUCUCCCGGGGCUAAGGGGGAGCUUGACCGAUACGUGGGGGUGCUAAGAAAAUAAUUGAUUUUCAUGACUUCAUUUACUUUAUAAGGAGGUUCUUGCUUUUUCAGUAAAAGCAGCUGUGAUACACAGCACAAGCAUGUUCGAUAUAAAAGUGGUUUUAACUGAAUUUGGCCAAAGAAUAUUCAACAAAAUAGUUAAGCCUAAUACAAGUGACCACAAGGCAAUGGCAAAAAUGUUUCACGUAGCAGCGAUGGAUUGCUCUUGAGCUCCUUCAGGUUCUGGCUCACGAGUUCCCCUCUCAGAUUCAUUUUUCAAAACUCCCUCUUCUUCUUUGUCCCACUGGGAGACUGGGUCUUGGUCUUCAUUUUCUGCCUGCACUCUUUUUUUCUUGAUCACAAAACGAUCCAUUGCAAUGGACUGUAGGCUAGCUAGCCUUAGCCUAAUGCGCGAGUAUAAACAAAAGACUCGCGCAUUAGGCUGACAUUUUGGGUCAGAGAUACAGUACAAUUUUUGAAGCUAGAGAAGAUAAGGUCAGGAGAGUUUUAAUAGUGUAUGGCAACCUUUUAUUACAUAUCUGCUUGAUCAGCUGGAAGGUUGAAGUUGGUUCUCAACAUCUGCUGCAGAACCUUAAAUCGCAGGCACACACUUUGUCUAUUACUGUUGUUCCUUUUGUUUUUUAAAUGGGGGCACAUUAUUAUUUCACACUGGAUUUUAUGCCCUCUUGGCCAGGUCACUCUCAAAAAAAAAGAGAUUUUUAAUCUCAAUGAGGCUUUUACCUGGUUAAAUAAAGGAUAUAUUUUAUGUGACUGUUUGCUCCCAGGGGGUGAAAAAACUGUUUUUCACCCUGUAUUUUUGUAUACAUGUUUUCUUCAAUGUGGAAACUAAUUAAUAAAGUGGAAAAAAAGUCACAGGUCAUUGGUAUUUAAG